AUGUACUCCAAAUUCUGGCCUAAGGGAGGCCUCCCUGGUAUCUUGCAUCACUACACUGAAACCCUUGUCACAUUCGAAUACACCUCCAGCGCCGUGCGUCAACCUCACAGUCUUGUCUUCGUUGGCGGCUUAGGCGAUGGCCUUGCGACUACCUCCUACAUGGCAGACCUUGCCCGCGCAUUGCAGUCAACAGAAUGGUCCCUCUUCACCUUGAACCUCACAUCCUCUUACCAAUCCUGGGGUCUCGGACACCUCGACCGCGACACCGACGAGAUCGCUCAGUGCAUUCGAUAUAUCAAGGAUUACAAGGGAGAUAAGUUCGGGAAUGGAAACGGCAAGGUCGUCCUCAUGGGUCACUCGACCGGCAGCCAGUGUGUGGUGCACUACCUCUCACGACCCAACCCCCACACAGCCACCGCGUCCUUUGAUUCCGCGCUCGAGCACGUCGAUCGAUUGGCACUUGAUGGCGCGAUUAUGCAGGCCCCGGUCUCAGACAGGGAAGCGAUCCAAUGGGUCUUGAAAUGGGGUUGGGCAGGCAAAUCACCCGAAGAGAUCCGGCCGAUUUAUGACCAGGCGAUGGCCUUGGCCCGGGAGGCCGUUCAGAAGGAGUCAAAGUAUGAUACUCUGUUGCCUUUGUGGAUGACUUCUACAAUCUGCUAUCCGUCCAAUACCCCGAUUAGUGCGCGGAGAUUCUUGAGUCUUGUCAGUCCCGAGAGUCCGCAAUCGCCUGGAGAGGAUGACUUGUUUAGCCACGACUUGGGCGAUGAGCAGCUAAGUAAGACCUUCGGGCUGAUUAAAAAAGGAGGCCUGUUAAGACACAAGUUGAUGGUGUUGUUCUCGGGCGCAGACCAAGCAGUUCCCGACUGGGUUGAUAAGGAAGCACUGUUGGCUAAGUGGAAGAAGGCCACAAACCAGGAUGGGUCUGAGAUCUGGGAUGACGCCCACAGUGCCGUCAUUCCUAAUGCUUCUCAUGCUUUGAGUAACGAUGAUCAGGCUGAGCCUCGGAAGUUUCUGGUUGGCAAGGUUUUGGGAUACCUGCAGGCUACAGAGAGAGUGUAA